AAUAUUGUAGAAUCUAAGAGAAGGAGAGUUUUUUUCUGCGAGGUAAAGCCCUUUUCCCUUUUCACAAAAAUGGCUCUCUUUAUCCCCUAUAACUUCGUUACUUUAGCUAUAUUUCUGUCUCUGGUUUUCCUGUUCAUUACCAAAUGGAAGAAAUCCCAAACUCCUAGUAAACUCCGAAAGCUUCCACCAGGUCCCAAACAGUUGCCCAUAAUUGGACAUUUGCACCUCUUGAGUUUACUUCCACAUCGCGAUUUCAAAGAAAUGGCCAAAAAACAUGGACCGAUAAUGCACUUGAAGCUCGGUGAAACUUCUGCAAUUGUCAUAUCUUCGCCCGAAAUAGCCAAGGAAGCCUUGAAAACUCAAGAUCCUAACUUUGCAGCGAGAUCGGGGACUAUGUCUACUGAGAUUAUGUGGUAUGAUCAUACUGAUAUGGCAUUUAGUCCAUACAAUGAUUACUGGAGACAAAUGCGUAAAAUCUGCGUCUUGGAACUCUUGAGUUCCAAACAGGUUAGAUCAUUUGCUUCCAUUAGAAGCGAUGAGGUUCUUAAGCUCAUCAAAUCGAUUAAAUCAUCUUCUGGAAAACCCAUAAAUCUCACAGAGAAGAUUUUCUCAUCAACAAGUUCCAUCACUGCAAGAGCAGCAUUCGGUAAAAUAUGCAAGGAUAAAGACACACUGGUAAAACUUUUCCAGGAAGGUGUAUCCUUAGCGGCUGGCUUUGAACUGGCAGACCUGUUUCCUUCAUCCAAGAUUCUCAGACUUUUCAGUUCCAAUAAGGUAAAAUUGUGGGCGAUGCGCCGCAAGCUCGAUGCAAUUCUUGAUGAGAUAAUUGAUGAACACAAGGAGAAUUUGACAAGAAUGAGCAAGGAAAACGAAGGGUUGGAUCAAGCAGAGUCUACAAGAAGAGGAAAUGGAGAGUUCGGCAACGAAGAUUUAGUUGAUGUUUUCCUACGAGUAAAGGAAAGUGGGGAACUUGAAAUUCCAAUUAAUUAUGACAACAUCAAAGCCGUUCUUUCUGACGUGUUCUCAGCUGGAACAGAUACAUCAUCAUCCACCAUUGAUUGGGCUAUGGCAGAACUUAUGAGAAAUCCCCAUGUAAUGGCGAAGGCACAGGCUGAAGUACGAGAAAUCUUUAAGGGACGUGAAAUCAUCGAAGAGACUGAUCUCCAAAAGUUGAAGUAUCUAAAGUUAGUAAUAAAAGAAACUCUGAGGAUGCAUACACCGGUUCCUCUUCUCCCACGAGCUAGCAGGAAAGAUUGUGAAAUUAAUGGAUAUUUUAUACCUGCCAAUGCCAAAGUAUUUGUAAAUGCUUGGGAAAUGUGCAGGGAUCCUAAGUAUUGGAAUAAUCCCGAAAAUUUUGAACCAGAGAGAUUUGAGAACAAAAGUAUGGAUUUUACGGGAAAUUACUUUGAAUAUCUUCCAUUCGGAUCAGGAAGAAGAAUGUGCCCCGGUAUGAAUUUUGGUAUAGCUGGCGUCGAGCUUCCUUUAGCUCAACUUCUCUGUAACUUCAACUGGAAACUCCCUGAAGGAAUCAACCCAGAAUAUUUAGAUAUGACUGAGAACUCUGGAUUAACUGCAUCAAGAAGAGAAGACCUUUUCGUUGCUGCUACCCCCUAUGAUCCAUGACUUCUCCUAGUAGAGUUUGAAGAGAAUAUAUUAUCAUAGGUUGUUUCAAAAAUAUCACUUAUAUGUAAGUUUCUUUAUCCAAAGCCACUUCCACCAAAGUUUAUCAGCCUAACUAAUUAUGAUGUUCUAUUCGUUCUGGCAGUCACGUGUAUUUCAUAUGAUGUAUAAUAAUUUGUUAAUCACUUGAGUGUU